AUGUCUGAGCACGUUGUGCUCAAGCUGAGCCACGCGGGCGAAACGCACCGCACGACCGUCGCGCUCCACGAGACCGACCGCUACGAGCAGCUGAGCUACGAGCUCGUGCUGGCCAAAGUCGGCGCGACGUUCGGGAAGCUCCCGGGGCACUGGACGCUCGUGUACCGCGACGACGAGGGCGACGUCAUCACUGUGUCGCACGCGCUCGAGUUCGACGACGCGUGCCACGUGCUCCUGCGGCUCUCGAGCCAGAGCUCGAGCCCCCCUAGCAACCGCAAGCUCCGCAGUGUGCACUUUUACGUGCUCUCGCACGUGUCGUUCCGGCAGAAACUGGUCGCACCCGUCUUGCAAAAGAUCGUGGCGCUUGCCCACUUGGCGCGGGAGAUUGCAUCGCUCGGGCGCACGCGCGAGCUGCUGGACAAGGGCCGCGAGUCGUUGGUGCGGCUCGCGGGCGGCGCCGUCUCGCAGGCCGGCGCGGCCAUGAGCCAUAUUUGCAGCAGCGACGUACUCGUGCGCGGCCGCGAGUCGCUCGGCCACUCGGCGGCCCACACGCGGACGAUGCUCCUGUCGGCCCGCAGUGGUGUGAGCACGCGGCUGCAACGGGCGGGCUCGGCCGUAGCGGCGGGCAUUGAGCGCCGUCGCUCGGCCAGUGGCAGCGAAUUUGUGGUCGAUAGUGCCAAGCAACGAGAGGUGUCGUCGUCGUCGUCGCCGUCGUCGGAAGUAGCAGUGACAGUGGAUUUGCGCCAGUACCACUCGAGUCGGGGCGUAGAGCCAGUCGAGGAUCGAACAGCUGGGAACGGGGAAGGAGCGAGGGACGAGCGCCACGACGAGACGCGUCGGACGGAAGCAGAUGCGGAAGUUGCAGCAGUGGAAGACACAGAAGCAGCAGAGCUUCUGGAAAGUGAGACGGCGUACGAGUCGGACGCGGAUACGCUGUGCGACGAAGAAGAGGAUCGCGAGUGGGACGUUGUCGACAACUCGAGACGUGGCGCGGUGGAUGAAGCUGCUGCUGCGACGCAUAGCGACUGGACGCGUGAGCUGACUGUGCUGCGGAGUGUCCUCGUGCACGUGGACCUUGACCGCUGUUGCGAGUUGCUGAGCCAGCACAAUGGCAACGUCGAAGCCGUGCUAGUGGCACUCACGAAUGUGUAA